AUGGGAUUCCUAUUCGAUAGGUGUAUUCAGUAUUGUCGAAGGACUGUGGACAGGUACCACGAGGUACAAGAAGAAAAAGCGAUGCAAGCAGUGCCGACAGCGCCAAUUGAUGCGAGCAAGUUUGUGGCGUAUGUACAGGAAAGGCGCAAGAAAAGGAUACUUUUCAAGGGAGAGUAUUUGAUGGUCAAUCGCUCGAUAGACAACAACAAAUGCCGAUGUGACGUUGGAAGCACGAUGACGGAUAGGAAUCCGUAUCCGGACACUCUUCCAUACGAUCAUAAUCGAGUGAUACUUCCAAGGAUAGACAACGAUGAGAACUCGCAUUAUAUAAAUGCCAGUUAUGUUAAUAGUUGGCUCAAAGAUAAAGCGUACGUGGUAACGCAGGCGGUGCGGACAAAACCGAUGAACGCCGAAUUCUGGCGAAUGGUGUGGGAGUUAGGAUCCAAUUGUAUCGUUAUGCUCACCAAAGUUUUCGAUUUCAUGAGGGUAAUGUGUCUUCAAUACUGGCCACAGACGAAAUUUCAAUUUCGAGAAAUCGAAGUGGAGACGACGGAAGUGAAGACGUAUUCGCACUUUGUGAUUCGAACGUUCAAACUAACACGGAAAACGGAGGAAUCCAUUGAGACCCGAAUAGUCAAACACUUUCAUUUUACCGAAUGGGAGCUCGACUCGUUUCCAUACAUCUCCGCAUUCAUUGAGCUCCGUCGGCGUGUACGUCAGUUUAUGGAGAAGAGCCCAGUCGAUGCUCCAAUGGUUGUUCAUUGCAGCAAUGGCGCCGGUCGAAGUGGUGCGUUUCUUGCCCUUGACGCCAAUCUCGAGUUAAUGAAGAAAACCGGACAACUGGAUUUUUUCGAGUACGCCAAAACGUUGGUCAACUCACGGCCACAUCUGAUUGACAGCGUCGAACAGUACAUGUUCAUCUAUGAAGUAUUGUCAGAGGCGGUGAUGUGCAACGUGCAACCGAUUGAGAUGCAUCUUUUGAAAGAGAGAUCCAGUAUGUACAAAGCGAAGAAGAAUCGAGAGCUUUUGGAAAGUCAGGAGACACAUGAAAAUAAGCUUCUGAUGCAUCUGACGCCAACACUCAGAAUCGGUGACUGCGCCGGAGGUCAUCGUCUCGAGAAUCGAGGAAAGAAUCGAGAUGUGAUGGUUGUACCGCCGGACCACGCAAGGCCAUACCUUCAAACAUUGCAUGGAGAAAGCAAAGAUUAUACAUAUAUCAAUGCAGUGGAGGUCGAUGGUUUUACUAGAAAAGCCGAAUUCAUUGUGACCGAAUGGCCGAAGCAGAGCACGGUUGACUCGUUUUGGACACUGAUUUAUGAUCAUGCAUGUCAUACGGUGGUUAAUUUGAGUAAUCAAGGAUCGACGAGACACUACCCCUCGUUCAUCCACAACAAGGGCAAACAAAAUUACGGUCCUUUCAUUGUGGAAGUGAUGAACUAUCAUCAGUAUCCAGCAAUGACGAGCCAUAUGGUCAAGGUUAUGAAACGGACAUUCAUGAUCAGCGACAUCAUGGCCACGGGUGCACAGAAUCAGCAAAUUGACGCAGAAGUCCGAAUUUGUUGUGUUAUUCAGGUCCGAAUGUGGCCUAUUGAAAACAAGGUGCCCCUCUCCACAACCGGCCUAAUUGACGUCAUCAAAAUGGCCAGAAGCUGGAGAAAAAGAGCACCGGAUCGUCCGGAAACCAAGCCAACCAUUGUCAUGUCACACAACGGAGUGUCUCGAGUCGGGGUGUACAUUGGAGCGAACAUCUGCAUAGACCAGAUGGAUAUUGAUCAUGAAGUCGAUGUAUUCCAUGCUGUCAAAAUGAUGAGGAUCAAUCGGCCUCAAUUGAUUGAUAUGAAGGAUGAGUACAAAUAUCUUUACGAUGUAAUGCUGCACUGGUACAUGACUAAUCCAGACUAUCGGAUCUAUGAUAAAGAAGAUAGUGAAGAUACAGAUAGUCAGAAGACGUCACGUCCACCGUCGAAUCGACACUCCAUCAAGGAGAAGAGCUCGUUUAGGAGCAAAUUCUCCUUCCGCCGCCGAAACACCACUCGUCAAAACGAGAACAACGCUGUGGAGUAUCAUGUCAAUAACAAAUAA